AUGACAAUCGUCUGUUUACAAAAAUUGUUAGUUUAAAUUUUUUAAGAAAUAUUGUAUUUUUAUUUUGUAUGUAUGUGUGUGUGUGUGAGUUUUUUGGGCAGAGAUAUUAGAGAUACGAAAGACACUAUACCCAAACAGAAGUCUAUGUGUCUCUCUAUUACCUAGGAAUUCAAUAAAAACCUCUGAUCCAGUGCCCUCAUUCAACUUGGACCAAUCCGUGUGUAUAGAGGGACCAGAUAAGUUCGGGACGCACCCAGUCCAAAGCUACCUCUCAGAGAAGACAAACUCCAAGUCGCCAUCUAAGAAAGAUCCGUCCGGCAAUGCCAAUGCCGUGUAGUUGUCCCACGCCAUCGGUCUACCGCAGAACAAACGCCUGGAAUCCGAAGAGCGCGAAAUCCCGACUCCCAAUCGAAAGACUACUCAACGCAACGCCCUCCACGUACAAGUGCAAAGGUCUCAGAUUAAGUAUCGCAUUCAGUGCUGCUCUUGGAGUGCGAAAGUACGGGAAGUAAGAAAGUUUUUUAAUUACUUACUAAAAGAAGCAUUACGGCAGGCUUGGGAUCUGUAGAUCUAAAAAGAAGGGUCAGCAGAGGAACACCUCAAGUAGUUGUGGUCUGGUGGACGGCCCUUCAAUGCCUCUGGACAUCGUGGCUGGAAAAAUUGUUGCGACCACUGCUGUGAGGCCAAGGAAGCUUUUCCUUAGGUCAUGAGGCGCCUACGGACACUGCUAUAUUCUUGAUACAAUGCCCGAUUUCCCAGGCAUUAUGGACUACACACUGUCUGAGCCGCUUAUUGAUAAAAAGUACUGUAUCACCAUUCCUGAUAGAAUCUAUUGGAACUAUAAUAUCCCUGGUAAUAAAAUUUGCAUACAAAUUCUACACGGAUAGUUCCAUGGGCUUGGGGUGUAAACUGAAGAACUUGGACUGGUAAUAUCGAGAAGAUUACCCGGCCACUGCAGUGUGUAUCAAGCGGAGAUCUUUGCGAUUAUAGAAGUGGUGGUAUGUCUAAGGAUACACAUCUUAAAUGUUGGCAUCAAUCCUAGCUCUGAAGGAUUUGAGGCGGGUGCAUCUACCGGAACGCACUUGAAGAAAACUACUCUUGUUUGCCGGGGGAGUAAAUUUAUUCAGGUACAAUAGGUGGAGGUCGCUUUCCAAGGACUACAUUUACCAGCCUUGAUGUUUUGUUUUAAGAAUUCUGCAAUCAGCCUCUGCCGCCCAUGUUGCUGCUGACCGAAUCUGCUCCUCUUAUUGUAUGUGGGCUGUGCCAUGAAUUGAAGUUGUUGGUACUGGUAUUGCAGCGGUUGAGAUGUGUUUAUGAUUUAACCAUGGAUUUAGUUGGCGUUUGUGUCGUGUUUGGUAGAGUUUAGGUGAGGUACUUUUGUGACUUUCAAAAUACGUUUACGUCAUACGUUUUUAAAAACAAAAAAUAUACAAGUUUUUAUACAAAUGAAAAAUAGUAAAAUUUAUAAAUAAAGCAUUUUGUGUAAAUUUUGGAAUUUGAAAGAAAUGUCAUAAAAAUGGAAAAAAUUUCGAUACAUUUCGAAACCAACUCGUUUAGUUCCAUUGAAAAUGUUUAUUUUUAAGUCGCGUUUGUUUUGAUUUAUCACCAGUAUGUGUUUUACCCUUGAUUCGAAUUGUUUAAGUCGGGUAGUUCUUUCACGUUUUCCAUUCUAUAAAUACGAAGUGUGCAUUUUUCGCAAAAGAAAAUUUCUUUUACUUUUUGCUUUUCACGUUUAAUUUUCGUUGGUGUGUUUUUAAUUCACAACUUCACGCAAAAACGAGAAACAACUACCAAGACGACGACCGUUUGGCUGAGAGGAGUUGCAGCCGUAAGAGAGAAGAACCAGCCAGACCAAACAAUCUGUGGCUGAAAGCGUAGCAAAGACGACCUUAGCCAAAGUUUUCCUCUGUUGCAGUUGGCCCCAACCAGUGAGAAAAAGAAAACAGAGAGAGAGAUACAAAAACUGAAAGAGAGGUCAUAGAGAGGAUAGAUAGGUUUAGAUGAAGGAGGAAGCUCGCUCGCUGCAAAAACUCUUAAUGUUUUUUGAAGCAUAAUAACAAAACACGCAAAACCACAAUAACAAAAACAUCAACAAUAACAACCAGAGAAAUACUAGCUCCGCAACUAUAAAUCAACAACAAUGAAAUCGUUGUUAGCAACAUCUAUGCAUUCACAAGAACUAGAAUCUUAAGCCUUUGAAGGUUUUCCUUUCGCCAUACACACAACGGCAUACGACGUCUACAGCUCUCUACGCGCCGUAGUAAAAUUCACUACAACACUCACUAUCAGUACUGCUAUUUACUUACCACCAACUCUAUAGUCAGGCUAAGUGACUCAUUACCUCUUUGAACGAGUAGUUAUACUCAAUUAUGGGACAUCAGUAAAUCUAUGCGUAUGAUUUUCUACACCCACAAAGAAAAGAAAAACGAAGCAUCCCAAAUUAAUGAGCCCCAAAGUUUGGAAGACAACUUAAAUAACAACAACAACAAUAAUUAUUACACUCGAAUGGUUAUACCUUCAGAGAUAAAAAAAAUAUUGAAAACAUUUUUUUUAAAUCUCAACAUCAUUUUCUGAGGUGAAAAGAAGAGGAAUUAAUGCAUCUUUAGGACGCCGUACUCUAUAGCCUUACUUUGCACAAUUCAAAGGGAUCUCUUGGAUACCAAGGACAUCUUCACACAUUGAAUUAACAACAAGAGGUGAAACUGCGAAAAGGAAAUUUGGCAUCAAGUCACUUGACUACACGAGACAAGAUCGACAUUAUGUUUCUGGAUGAAAAGAAAUAAAGGAAGUGAUCCAGAAGAGUUCUUAACGAUUUUUAAGUAUUUGACGACUUUUCAUGUAUUGAAAUAAUUGAUUAUAGAUUUUUAGUUAAACAUUUUGUGAUAGAAAGAAUCGAAUUGUUAAAUAAUUUAAGAAUUUUUUAAACCCAUUGUUUUUAAAGAAAAAACCAAGACUUGUUUUUAAUAUAUAGAUAAUUGAAACACAAACAUCACUCAAGAAAAAUAUACCAAAUAUUUAAACAAUUAAUCACAAAACUUCACCACACUAUUUAUUGAACCACAAACAAGCAAGCAAACCAAAUAGAAUAGUCAUUUAGAAUAUAAAGUGACUUACUGUCAACAUUAACAGGGCUGACAUUACAAACUAGUAGGGUAAUAUCAAACUGAAUUGUACUUGAAUACAUUCCUUAGAUAUCAUAUAUACAUAAGUAUCAUAUAAAAAAGAUCGAAAAUGAUUUCCGUAUCUAGAAUUUUAUUUAAACUCAUACGAUUCGUAUAUUUAAGCUCUCUAAUGAUUUUCCUACUUAGUUUAACUCCCUUGUCACUGGCUUGUUCUAGUCGAUCCCUGCCCAAGCCAAGACCCUCUUCGAUAGCCGCACCUACUUCGACCAAAACGCCUGUUACAACUACACAACGUACCACCACUACUACUGCUAGCACCACAACCACUACUACCACCACAACCAGUCGUCCCAAUAUAACUUUUCCCACUUUUAAAUGUCCCGGUGAUUAUGAUGCCUGGUAUUGUUUGAAUGAGGCCACGUGUUUUACCGUUAAAAUUGGCGAUGCCAUAAUGUACAAUUGUGAAUGUGCCAUCGGCUUUGUGGGAGCACGCUGUGAGUUCAAAGACUUGGAUGGUUCCUAUCAGCCAAAAAAACCUCGUCCCAUAUUGGAGAAGGCCAGUAUUGCCAGUGGAGCCACUUGUAUUUUACUAUUCCUGUUAUUCGUUUGUUUGACUCUUUAUUUGCGUUACGAUCAAAAAGCCUCCAAAUUAAUGGUCGACGACAAUGAAGAUGGUGGCGGCAUGUUUGUGGCUCCACCAUACCAAGCCUUGGCAGGAAGUCCUACUUAUGGCUACAAUAACUGUCGUUUUUGUACAGACAAAUAUUGUUGUUCUUCAAAUGAUUUUUUCAAUGACUCGAAAUUUCUUUUGGAAAAUGCCAAACGUAGUAGUAGUGGCAUGAAUGAAGGCAGCGUUGGUGGUGGAUCCUGGUUUAGGCAACAUAUUGAGGCUUUUCCUAUGGGUUUCACCAUAAAACGUUUCAAUAAAAUUUAAAUUAAAAACUGUCUACGAAAACGAAAAGUCCCUUUUGCUCUAGAAAAAAAAAUAUCAAAAAAAAUUUCAUGGAAGUAAAAGAAAAUCUUAUAAGAAAUUACAAUUUGGUUGGGAACUUCAACCCAUUAUCCAUCAACGUCCCUUGUCACAUUCUGAUGAAUUUUCAUAUAUUCAUUAUAUAGUCCUUUUUGCUAUAGAAAAAAAAUCAAAAUAACUUUUAUGGAAAAUUUUAAAAAGAAAUGACAAUUUUAAUGGAAAAUUAAGUGAACUUUAAAUCAUUAACACCAGAACCAUCGAUUCCCUUGUCCCAUUCUGAUAAAAUUUCAUAUAUUCAUUACUAUGGGCAUUUAUAUAGACGUAGUAUUUUUUUUAUUUUUAAAUUAACAAAAAAUUUAAAAACUUAAAUAUAUCCCAAUCCUCUAUGUUUUUACAUAAAAAAAAAAAUAUUUUAUGACCAGACAUAAAAUCGUACCUGUUCUCAAAAGUUUUUUGUUCUAAUUUUUGAACUACAUGUAAAAAAUUGCUGACCUUGGACAAGCCCUUCUCCCAAAACAUGACUUUUCGUUGUAUGACGGGAACUUUUCUAACUAGUUUUAUGCGUCUACUUUGCACCAAUUCAAACUGCAUUAGGAUACCUCUUUCCUCACUUGAGCAAGAAUUUUUCUAAGACAUCUCUAUUCUUGGGUAUUUUUCUGUGAUGAUUAGUUUGUAUCGGAAUAGUGGAAAGUAAGACUUUCUUCUCUCUUACUACGCUAAGGAGAGUUAGAGGACUGUUUAAAAACAAAAGCGUGCUCUACACCGUACUCAAUAGUCGUUGUGUAUGUAGAACACCUUAAUCAAUUUGACAAAGGUGUUGAUGAAGAUAUAUGGCGCAUCAGAAAUCACGAUCCACCAUGACUUUUACAAGUUUUUGCUAUGCUAUUUUUAGAAUAGAAAGCAUUGAAUAUGAUCUUGAGUUAGAAUUUGUUCGAAAAAUCACGAGAAGACUUUAAAGACCAAAAUAAAAGAACGCAAACACAUUUUGAAUUAUUAAAUUUUGGAUUUUUUUUUUAAUUUAAAUUAAAUUUUCUUUAGAACAAAUUUUUUUGACAAAAUUUCUAUAGAAAUUUAACCAGUGAAUGUUCUCUGGCCUCUAGCCAGUUCAAACCCCGCAUAUCGAAUCCCUGGAUCUUGAUCAUUUUACCCGCACGUAGAUAUCCCACAAACUGGAUUUAGACAUUCCCCAUAUAUAUGAGUUUUUGUCCGGCUAGCACAUAGUCUGCAGUAAUCUGCCGUUGUUCUCGCCACUCACAUGUCUAUGAUCUAAUGUUUUCUGUUCAAAUGUCCACUAAGAUAUGCAAAUACCGCUUUUGAAGUUUUAGGAGUGUUUGCGACACCUCUAGUCAGAAAUAUUCUGCAAUGUCCCUUAGGCAAUUAUCCGUAGGUGAAUCUGCCGCCUCAGUGUAUAACACGCUGCUAACCAGAGUAGUUCUGGCUCAAUUACGUUCCGGCAGAUGCAGUCGCCUCAACUCCUACAGAGUAAGGAUUAAUGCCGACGUGCAAGAUGUAUGUCCCGAUUGUAACCAGGGACCGCACGAUUCACGUCACCUGUUUAACUGCCCAGCCAGACCCACUCGACUCAGACUCAUAUCCCUGUGGACGCACCCCAUCUUAGUCGCAAAGUUACUGGGCCUUGACACUUAACAGAAUCAAGCAGACGAAAGAUAGAACACAACAAACUACAACAACAACACACUGCUACAAAAAUAACAACAACUGGUUAAAAAUAAAAACCUACCAUAGUCAUCAUCUGAGGUAUCCGAUUUAGAGUAUUUCUGCUGUCUCAAUCUUUGCGUUAGACAAAACCUUUCAUAUGAAUCUUUCACCGGCAAGCUGAUCUUGCUACCUACUCAGUCAUCAAGUCUUUAAUUCCUGAACUAUUCAUCAAUUAACGAAAGAAGCUAACUUCUGACAUAUCAAUGAGUGCUGUUCGAUUCAUGGUCAGCGUUAGUGUACUUCAUUUUGAUAGCCGAAUCUGAACGGCGUGCCACAGGCGACAGCUCUUUGGGGAAAAGUUUUUACAUGACUUGCAUGCAUGACAGUACACACAAGUUUUUACAUGGCAAAGUACCUAACAAAUGUCGCCGGCAUUAGGAGGGGUUAACCACCGUUGAAAAAUUUUCUAAUGUUCCUGGCAGGAUUCGAACCCAGGCAUUGAGCGUCAUAGGCGGACAUGCUAACCUCUGCGCUACGUUGGCCUCCAAGGACAUAAGAGCCAUAGAAAAAAAUUCUGAUAAUCUCCCCAGGAUUCGCGUCAUACGAGUAUAUGUGCCAGCGUGCCACGGUUAUUGUUGUUGUCGUAGCCACAUUUUCAAUCUCCUGUGUGAACAAACUCGUUCGGGUUGGCCAUUGGUUAUUUAAAGGCGCCAAUAACUUGCCUUGUCAUAUCGAGCAUCAUAGCCACUCAGUAUUUGUACAAGAGCCGGUGUCGCCCGGCCUCUCAUUGAGACUCUCCGCUCGAUGCAGAAACUCUGUGUGGAGCAUACCACCAUCCGCAACCUGUGGACGCGCCCGGUAGCUUUCAGCUAAGCUCUCGUGACACCACACAGAUCGGACCUCAAUGUUCCAGCCUAUGUGGUGCUCACAGCUACCCCGUGCCGGGGCGAGCCUCGGUGGUCUCCUUAUGUAAUGGUGUUGUUGUUGAAGCUACAUUUCCGUGGAGGUAGCGAUCCUCGUCAAGAUCGAAAGGUGAGCAAGCUGUAUCCGGCCCGUUGCGUUUUUUAAGGACGCCAAUAUCUCGCCUUAUUGUCUCGAGUAUCAUGGGCUCUCAGUAUUUAAGCAAGAGCGCCAUGUCUCUCAGACAUCCGUGAGGCAUCCGAUUUAAUAUUUCUGCUGUCUCAGGCGACACACUUUGUGGAAAUGUUUCCAGAAAAAAAUCUCAUAUUCUCUCCAUGAUUCGCAUUAUAGGAGGACAUGCUCAGCGCGCCACGGUGGUCUCCUUAUGUAAAUGGUGUUGUGUUGUUGUUGUCAAGAUCGAAAGGUGAGCAGCUGUAUACGGCCGGGUUGGUUAUUUAAGGGCGCCAAUAACUCGCCUUAUCGUCUUGAGUAUCAUAGGCUCUCAGUAUUUAAGCAAGACCCCCGUGUCGCCCGCCCUCUCACUGAGAUCACUCGAUAUCGCUGAUUGUCCGCGACUCCGUAAACGAAGUAUUCCACUAUCCGUAACCUAUGGACCUGCGGCCGUUAGCUCUCAGUUGAGUUUCUCAUGAUGACGAAACACAUCACACAAAUCGCAGCUCAGAGUUCCAACCCGUGUGAUGUACAUAGCAAUACCAUGCCGGUAUGUAAAUGGUCGAUGUUUGCCAUCUAGAGACAGCCCGUGAUGGUUCUUAAAGCUGCAAUCUGACACAUCUGGAGUUUAGCCUUUUGCUCACUCAUGCUGAGAUUCUUAACUAGGUCAACCAGGUUUCUUUUUUCAUACCUUAAGUGCUGUUGGCUAACGACUUGAGACCGUAUGGGUAGUAUCGGCGGACGUUGAUAAGAGGCUUUCGAGGCUAAUCCCUGGGAUCUUCGGGUGAUUUUCAGCCUUAAUUUUAUUGCAUUAACAUUGACCACGAGCGCAUUCGUUCGCACAGCUUGUCGCAUUGCCUUUCGUCUUCUGCAUAGGGAAGAGAAUAUCCCCAAAGUCGAAGCCUCGCACAGUUUAACCAACGGCGUCUUGUAUUUGCAUUUCUAAACUGCAUUGGAAAGAAUGAGAUGAUCGACUGUAUCGAAUGCCUUCGAUUGGUCUCCCCAUAUGGGGAAGAGAAUACCACCUUGGCUUACUACCCCACACUAAACUUCAUUGAAAAGAGGGGGGGUGAUCGACUGUUUCGAAUUUCUUUGAUAAAUCAAGGGCCACCAAAAAAAGAAAAGAGCAAAUUUUCCCAUUCAGACCGUGGCUCCGUGAUAAUGAUCUGCUGCUGGAAGUGGUGAUGAACUUCAACACUCGGUAGGAGUAGCGUCUUCAGUAUCUUUGCACUUGGGAAUAGGAAAGAGAUUGGCCUAUGUGAUUAACCUCGGUAUGCAGAUUUCCCUGGCUUGGGAACAGCGUCAUCCGAUCCAUUUUCCUUAUCUCCGGUAUAUUACAAGGUUGGAGAUGGACGAGGUGAGAGUAUCAUCAGCAUCGGCAUUAAAUAUAUCUACCCUUAUUCUUGUCGACGAAGUCAAAAAUCGACAGCAGCCGUAGUCGAAUAUCACAUUUCGUGGUAUUCUGUAACUUUACUCCUUCGACAGUUUGAUAAUAGAAAGAUAUUGUGGUAAAUAAAAAAAAAGUACUACUUUUAUACUUUUUUUUUAUUUACCACAAUUUAUUUACCACAGUUCCAUACUAUUUCGACAAAUAGUCGAUUUCGACUUACAUGAUACCAAAAAUGUAAACGAAUUUUCGUUUUCGACAACCAUAAUAACAUUUUGUAAAAAUUUCGACAUUCAACUACGCCAUCGCCAACCGUAAUAAGGGGGAUUGCCCGGACCAAUAGCUUUUGGCGGCUUUGCUUUCCUUAUCUUUCCUUAUGAGUUCGGCAAUAUUUUAAGCUUUGAAUGACUGUGUUUAGCAUUGACUGGAAGUCUCAUUGCCUUAACGAAAACGCGUAUUUUUGCUUCGCCUCUUAAGGGUGCUCGACAAAUUUCCUGCCCAAGUGGCCUACCAAUUUUCGUAGUUCAUUGAAGCGACUCGACUUGGAUCUCACUCCUUGAAUUCAAACAGAAGGCUGUCUACUUUCCCUUUUCAGCAGAGAAAACGGAUAGUAGCGCAACAUCUUUUUCUUAGUAAACAAUUUGUAGUACAUUUUAAGUUCUAAAAUCAAAACAACUAUCGGUUUGAGUCGUUAUAGCCAGGGACUUGGGACUCAUGAUACUCAUUUUACCAAACAAAUGUUAAAUGGCUCUUGAAGAUUUUUUUAUUUUAGAAAUUUUUGGACCAUUAAAUUAUAAGAAAAACUUGUCAUCUUGCCCAUGCGCCGCCCUUUAAAAAUAGCUGUAAUUUAAAAACUUAACUUUAUAAUAAUUCCCAUGAAGAGCAGAAUAUCUUGAUAAGAAGCCAAAUAUCUAAGUAAGAACGUGAUAAAACUGACUAGUUGAUAAAUGUAAGAAAAUGAUUCCAUUGUCGUAUUAUAUAAAACUAAACAAUAGCAGGACACCAGGACAACACUAGGAAAAACAGCAAAAUAAUCAAAAUGAAAUUAAAAAAAAAAAUAGAAAUUGCUAAAAAUUAAGUAACGCCUUUCAAGUGCUUUAUUUAAACUUAUAUACAACAACAAACUACAAGUAUAGAGAAAAUUAAUCUCAACUUAUAAAAUCACACUUAACGAAAAAAAACACGAUUUUUUUUUUACAUUGGCAUAUUUUACAGAAAACAUCGCUGACAAAAUCUCACUACCUGCACAUAUAGACUUAAGUUUUAAAUUAUUUAUUUUAUGCUAAUUUAGAAUUUUUACCUAAACAUUUUUAUGAAUUUUAUUUGUUUCGUUUCGUUUCUUUUAAAAUUUUUUAUGACCUCAAGAUCUACACACAA